ACCAUUUCAAAAGUUGCAUUUCCCCACAAAACUCACAUUCUUUUCCCUCCGCCAUUUCCAAACAAUCCACAGAGUCUCACUACCAAAACUACCAAAGGUCACCCCUUUCAGCAAACCAGACAAAACCCACGUUCUUAAUUCCUUCUUUAAAUAUGUUUGUUUAUGUUUAUGCCAAGAACAUGCAUUUACGGAUCAGUAAAUGAAUGAAUUGAAAUCCUUCGUUCAAAUGCCGCGGCUUUUGAGGUUACACAGUUUCUGCUUCAUCUUCUUAUCUGUUUUUGCGAUAUUUCGUCUUCCUUUCUCUGUUUCUGGGUUGAAUCAAGAAGGACGUUACCUCCAAAGACUGAAGCUUUUCCUCUCCGACCCAAACGGCGCGUUUUCUUCAUGGUCUGAACGUGAUAUUACCCCUUGUAGCUGGGCCGGAGUUGAAUGCGACUGCAACGGCGCCGUCGUCGCCGUCGCUCUCUCCGGGUAUUCCCUUUCCGGCCCCUUCCCGGAUUUCCUCUGCAAUCUCCCGUCUCUUGCCACUCUGAAUCUCUCCAACAAUUACAUAAACUCCAUACUUCCUCCCUCCAUUUCUAUAUGCCGUAACCUCGUCAGCCUUGACUUGUCGCAGAACCUCAUCGGUGGACCCAUCCCGGACACCCUCUCCGACCUCCAUUUUCUCAGGUUUUUUACCGUUAAAUUUAACAUACUCUGCUUUUUAAUACUUUCUUUACCGCUUGAAAUUAGCGAAGAACUUAAGAACAAAGUCUUAGCUUUUUGUGUUUUCUGCUACUGUUUGACCUUUACAUUAUGUUGUCAUCAAAAUCAAAUCACAGUGCGAUUUUAGUUUAUUAACAGUAAUUGAUUACCGUAUAUGAUAUACAGUAAUUGUACGGAGUAUUUAUUAGUGUGGUUAUCAAGUGGAAUGAUACUGUACUAUUACCCUUUUAACUUGCAGGCAUCUUGACAUCAGUUACUGCAGCUUUUCCGGUCAAAUUCCGGCGACAUUUGGAAGAUUCCGAUCAUUGGAGACCCUUGUUUUAUCCGACAAUGAGUUGAACGGGAUAGUUCCGGCCAUUUUGGGUAACAUAACGAGUCUGAAGCGGAUUGAACUCGCUUACAAUCAAUUUUCGCCGAGUCUGUUUCCGGCAGAACUCGGAAAUUUGACGAACCUUGAAUACCUAUGGCUGGGCGGGUGUAAUCUUGUGGGUCCGAUCCCGAAGAGCAUUGGAAGGCUGAGUCGACUCACUAACUUCGACGUGUCCAACAAUCGACUCACUGGGUCGAUACCCAGCACGAUUUCCCAAAUGAAGAGCAUCGUUCAAAUCGAGCUGUUCAAUAAUUCGCUCACCGGAGAACUGCCGGCGCGGUGGUCAAACCUGACCCAGUUGCGGCGGUUUGACGCUUCAAUGAACAGUUUAACCGGUACGAUUCCGAGGGAGUUAUGCGAGUUGCCCCUCGAAUCGCUGAAUCUAUUCCAAAAUCAACUCGAGGGUUCAGUGCCAGAGAGAAUUGCUAAUUCUUCAAAUUUAAAGGAGCUGAGACUGUUUCGCAACCGUAUCAUUGGGUCAUUACCGAGUCAGCUCGGAUCGAACUCGGCGUUGAGUUUACUGGACGUCUCUUACAACAACUUCUCCGGGACGGUCCCCGAAGGGCUGUGCGACGGGGGAUCUUUAAGCGUGCUCAUACUGAUGAACAACUCUUUUUCGGGGAAUAUUCCGGCGAAUCUGCAGCGGUGCGGGACUUUGAAACGGAUUCGGUUUCGGUCUAACCAGCUCUCCGGGGAAGUGCCCGCCGAGUUAUUCGGGUUGCCCCUUGUAUACCUCUUAGACUUGAGUGACAAUGAUUUUUCUGGGAAUUUACCAAGGAUGAUAUCUGCAGCAAAGAGUUUAGAGAGCCUUCAAAUUGCCAGAAAUAGAUUCUCAGGCUUCAUUCCUGUCGAAAUCGGAACCUUGGCGAAAUUAGGUCAAAUUUCUGCCAGUGAAAAUGAACUUCAAGGAGAAAUUCCAUCUUCUUUGAUGAACAUGAAGCAACUGUUGUCCGUCGAUCUUAGUAACAACAAGCUCUCGGGGAGAAUCCCUAAUGGAAUCCAGUCAAUGUUGCAGCUAAUUGAGCUUAAUCUAGCCAACAAUCAGUUAUCUGGUGAACUUCCAUAUGGAAUUGGAAACUUACCAGUUCUGAAUUAUCUCGACCUUUCGGGAAAUCAAUUCUCAGGAAUAAUCCCUUUGAGUUUCCAGAACCUGAAGCUUAACGCGUUUAAUCUUUCGAAUAAUCGCCUCUCAGGGGAAAUCCCUCCCCUCUUUGACAAAAGCAUGUACUGGGACAGCUUCCUGGGUAAUCCUGCUUUAUGCCACGGUUUAUGUUCUUCGAUGACUAAAGAAAAACAUGAGAGCUAUUCAUGGCUGAUGAGAGCCAUUUAUGCAAUGACAGGCCUUGUUUUCCUUCUCAUGUUAGUCUGUUUCAUAUAUAAACGCAUGAAAUACAACACAACAAAACAGCCUGGUGUGGCGUUAUCCAAAUGGACGUUUUUCUACAGAAUCGGUUUAAAUGAAUGUGAGAUACUCAAAUUUCUAGAAGAUUCAAACGUGAUCGGGAAUGGGGCUUCUGGAAAAGUCUAUAAGGCGAGUCUAAGCAACGGAGAUAUAGUUGCUGUGAAGAAGUUGAGGAACAAGGACGAGUUUGACAUUGAAGUUGAAACGUUGGGGAAAAUCAGGCAUAACAACAUUGUGAAGUUAUGGUGUUGCUGCGAUGCAGGAGACUGCAACUUAUUGGUCUAUGAGUACAUGCCAAGAGGAAGCCUGGGAGAUUUGCUGCACUGCCGUAAAGGCGCUGGAUUGCUGAACUGGCCAACCAGGUUCAAGAUUGUUUGUGAUGCUGCCGAUGGUCUAUCCUACCUACACCAUGAUUGCCUGCCGCCUAUAGUUCACCGGGAUAUCAAGUCUAACAACAUCUUGCUGAAUGAUGAGUUUGGUGCGAAGAUUGCGGAUUUCGGUGUAGCAAAAAUAGUUCGCUGUGCUGAGUCUAUGUCUGUCAUUGCUGGUUCUUAUGGUUACAUUGCACCAGAAUAUGCAUAUACUUUACAUGUGAACGAGAAGAGCGACAUUUACAGUUUCGGAGUGGUGAUGUUGGAGCUGGUGACUGGAAGAAGAGCUGUUGAGGCUGCGUUUGGGGAGAAAGAUUUAGUAAGCUGGGUUACAUCAAAUUUGAACAACAAUGGACUUGAUGAAGUGAUUGACCCAAACAUGGAUUCCAGUUUCAAAGAACAUAUAUGCAAGGUUCUUGAUAUAGCUCUUCUAUGCGUUAGCAGUGUUCCGCUUAACCGUCCUUCAAUGCGCAAUGUCGUUAAACUCCUCCGAGAAUCACAUGGAAAUCUUUACCCAAUGGUUAGAAAGAAUUGACUAUUUUCAGAAUAGGUGUAGAAGAUUAAACUCCUGCGAGUCUCUCUUGAUAAAUAGGUAUAGAAGGUUAAGGUCACAAUUUUCAGAAUUAGCUAUUUGAUUCUUCUUGUAAGUUGCAUCCUAAAUCUAUAAAAGUUCCCGUCCUUUCAUGUGUUUUAAGAAAACACCCAUUCAAAC